CGGAACGCAAUUUUCCACUUAACCUCGCGUCAUCGGACGCCAUAUUAUUUUGUUCUGGCGCUUAUGUGUAAUAUUUUUGUGGUAAUGUAAUGGCCGUUAAAAAGUGAUACGUAGUGCAAUACAACAAUUUGAUUGUGAGUUGUGGACAAUAAUUCAGUUUAAAAAUGGAUCCAUCUAAAAUGAAAGUUGUGGAUCUUAGGUCCGAGCUCGGAGCUCUUGGUUUGGACACCAAGGGUAAUAAAGCGGCAUUGGUAGAACGAUUGAAGAAAGCUCUUGAAACUAAAACUGGAAAAGAGUUUCCGGAUACAUCUAUAAUGGAUACCACCACAGAGGAUAUAGAUGACCCGGCAACACCAAAGAAAGUUACUCCAGCUGCUAGAGUUACUCGGAGAUCAUCUACAUCAAGAUUAGCAACACCAGCAAAGCAGCCAAUAAAAGAAGAUGCACCGGAGCCAAUUGAAGAAGUUAAAAUAGAUUCAGAAGAACCUAAAGUAACGGAGCCAGAGGAUGUCCAGGAGGAAUCACCAAAGAAAAAUGAGCCUCCCCCGAAAGUGGAAUCACCAAAGAAAUCUGAUGUAGAGGAUAGUAAAGAGGUUCUACAUGAGAAAGAAAGUGAGAGUGUAGCUAUGGAUGAAGAUAGCCAACCAGAGGAAAAAGCUAGUGCAUCUGAUCUAUAUGAACCUGAAAGUCCGAAUGAUGACACCAAUGAUGUAGAUGAAGGGAGUCAGGAGGAGAAAUGUGAAGUGAAAGAGAAAAAAGAAGAACAGCAGAAGAUGGAACAUGAUGGAGAUGAAGACAGUGAAAGUAGAGAUAGGAAGGACUCUGAAGAGGAUAGAGAUAGAGACAGGGAUCGUGAGCUGACUGAAGAAGAAGAGUGGGCGUUACUGAACGAAAGACUCGUAAUAAAAGAACAGGAGAGAUUAGAGAGAGAGAAAAGACAGGCGGAAGAAGAUGCUAGGAAAUUUGAAGAGAUGAGCAAGGAUCCCAUAAAGCUACAACGUUUGAAGCGUAAACAGGAGAAGAAAGCGCGCUGGAGCAACUUCUACAAGACUGUGGCCGUCACCAAUGAAGUCCUCACACCACCAAUCGAGGAGGAAGAGAAACUUUUGAAGAAGGUUGAGCCGGCGAUUAAAGCUCCCGACCCUGGAGCCAAUGAUGAUAAAGUCACUCUCUCUUGGUAUGAUAGUGACUUGAACCAAUUCCUGGAGUUGCCGGACCUGAAGUCAGUGGUGCCAAUGACCGAAGGCGCGCUCGCUCACGCGUGGGCCGGAAGCCGCGCCACACACGGUGUUACCACCGGACGGGUGUGCUUUGAGGUACGCGUUGGUACAGUAGUAACAACGACCGAGGCGACUGACAAAGAAGUGAUAAGCAAUGGACUGAGAGUGGGAUGGUCUACUGAAGACUCUAGUUUACAUUUAGGCGAUGGCGAACUGAGCUGGGGCUAUGAGAGCACAGGCCGUGCUGUCAACAACGGAGAGUUUAAGGAUUACGGCAAACUUUACGCUGAGAAGGACGUCAUUGGAGCUUAUCUUGAUAUGGAAUCGAAUCCUUGUACUAUAUCUUAUACGUUGAAUGGAGAGGAACUCGGCAAUGCGUAUGAGUUUGACAAGGCCCUGCUCGGAGAUAAACCUAUCUACCCUCACAUCUUGACUAAGAAUAUCUGCUAUAAAGUUAACUUUGGAUAUGAAAGGUACAACUUACUGACCCGUACUAAAGUGGUGCGUCAACGUAUUGAAGUGCCGAUCGAGCAAGUGAUAGAAGAGAAGAAAGCGCGACAGGCAGAGAUAGAACGUCUGAAAGAAGAGGCCAAUCGCCGUAACAAAGAGCGCAAGGAGAGAGAGCGUAAAGAAAGAGAGGAGAGACAGAAGAAGAGAGAGCUGGAACGUGAAAAAUCAUCGCGCGAGAGAAAAGAAAAAGAAGCGGAGGAGAGGAGAGAGAGGGGAGAAGAGUCUGAGGAGAGAAAAGAGAGAGGAGAUGAGCCCGAAGAGAGGAGAGAGAGGGGAGAAGAGUCCGAGGAGAAAAGAGAUAAGGGAGAAGAGUCCAAGGAGAAAAGGGAGAGGGGAGACAAGUCCGAGGAGACAAGAGAGAGGGAAGUAGAGCCCGAGGAGAAAGAGAAAGAGACGCAACAGGAACCGGACGCAGAAGGAAGACCAGAGAAGGCUGAUGUUGAGGAGCCUGCUAAACAGGCCAAGGAAAAUGGUGACUCUGAAUUGAAAAAUGAGCCGAUGGAGACAGAUCAGUCGGAGCCAAAAGAGACGCAAGCAAAGGAGCAGGAGAAGGAGGCAUCGGAUAAGGAGGAAGAGAAACAAGAAGUCAAAGAUGAACCCUCCGCAGAGGCUGAAAAAGAGGUGACUGAAGAUGAUCUCCUGAAAGGACUUUUAUUAGACCAGCGAAUGAAGAAUGUUAUCAGAUACUUUGCGGAGGAGGAACUGGACGGUGAGGAAGCGAGUCUGCUGGCAGGUUACGUGCUACUGGCGCAUGCGCAGACCACGCCCGGACCACGACCACCCCCCACUACCGCUGAGUGCGAGGUUAUCCUAAUGGUAGGCAUGCCGGGUAGUGGCAAGACAUAUUGGGUGAAGAAUCACGUCACUGAAUAUCCCGAGAGGAGAUACAACGUACUGUCAACUGGUGCGCUGUUUGAAAAGAUGAGGGUGGACUGUAAGCCAUUCCGGAGCAGCUACGAGGGCCGCUGGGACGCUAUGGUGACCAAGUGUGCCAAGUGCGUGCUCAAGUUGCUGGAAAUGGCUCGCGGCCGCAAGAGAAACUAUAUCCUGGAUCAGACGAACGUAUACCCGUCGGCCCAGAGGCGCAAGUUGAGGGAAUUCGACGGUUACCGGCGCGUCGCCGUUGUCAUUGUCACUGACGAGGAGACGUACAAGGAGCGCCACAAGCGAAGAGAAGAGGCCGACGGCAAGGAAGUGCCCGACGGGGCUAUCGUGGACAUGAAAGCAAACUUCACGCUGCCGGAGAAGGGGGCCUGGCUGGACGAGGUGAUUUACCCGGAACUGGAGGAGGAAGAGGCGAGGAAGAUACUGGAGGGGUUCCACAAGGAAGCACGCGCGGCCGGCGUGGUAAGAGAGCGGGAGAAGCGCGAGCGCAGCGCAAGUCGCGACGGACACCCGCCUCACAAGCGCGCGCGCGACGAGCGCAGGCACAGCAGGGACGACCGUCGUCCCAGGGACUUCCCACGGGAUAGAGAGGACAGAUGGGGAGGCGGCGGUGGCGGUGGCGGCGGCGGCGGGCGGGGCGGCGGUCAGGGCCGCUGGGGCCCGGCGGCGCGCGGCGGGGGACAGAGUCGCUGGGGACCCGGCAAUGGACGCGACCGCGGCGGACACGCGCCGCCUGGACGCUUCGACCGACAGUGGGGCGGCCCGCAACACAACAGAAACAAUGAGUUUGGUCGCAACGAUCGUGACAACUUCCGCGGUGGUCGCGGCGGACCCGGCAUGCGCGGGGAUCGUGGCCGCGGACCUCCGCCCGGAGACGCCUCGCGCUUCAGCAGGGACCGCACCAACAACAGGGGCCCGCAGCAAGACAAGCGACCUGGACCAGGUAACAUGGGCGCAGGUAUGGGAUCGUGGCAGCGUGGUGGCGCGCCCCCGCAGGGCGCAGGCCGGGGCCGCGGGGGACAGGGCCCUGCAGGCGCUCAGGGCGGCCUCGCCAGGUCGCAGGGCAAGGACGGAGCUAACCAAAAUCAGAACCAGGGCAUGAACCCUCAGAACCAGGCAAACUGGAACCAGUGGGCCAACAACUGGGGCGGCUGGGGCAACUGGAACCAGAACCAAGGUUGGGGUAACUGGGGCAACUGGGGCUGGGGCGGCGCUGGUGGUGCGGGCGGGCAGGCGGGCCCGGGCGGGGCAGGCAAGGGGCAGCAGGCUGGUGCAGGCGCGGGUGCGGGCGGGCAGGGUCAGUGGAGCGGCUACACGGCGCAGCAGUGGUACCAAUGGCAGCAGUGGCAGCAGCAGCACGGCUGGCCAGGGUAUCAGCAGCCCCAGGGCGCCCAGCAGACUGGCAACAUGGACGCCCAGGCCUGGGCCCAGUAUUACCAGAAUUACAGCGGAGCUGGUAAUAACAACGGUUCAACCGCCGCGGUGACAGGAGUGCCGCCGCCAGCCGCCGACAAGAAAUAAUCACAUUCAUUAUAGAUAGCACGCGAAAGGUUAAAACUGACCUUGACGACGUGACAUAUAUAUUUGACAAAUACUAAACAAAGGCAGUAUAAAUAUAUGUUAACACGUUCAAUGCCACAGACUAUGAGUUCGAUUACAUAAGAGUUCGUAGUGGCAUUGAAAGUGUUAACAGACGUAGAAAAUAUUUCAAUGUUAAAAAAAAUAACGAAAAACAUAUUUAAAAAUUGC